UGCCGCGGAGCCCGGGGCGGGCGGCUGGGCCGGAGAGCGUGGUUCGCGGCCGGGAGGCGGUGCCGCGGGGCGGGAGCGCAGAACGCCGAGCCGGGCCGGGCAAGACCGCCCGGGGUUGCCACUGCGGGGCCACGCACGCAUCGGCCGAGCCGCGGCCGCCGGGACCAGCCGCGGGGACGUCGGGCGCGAUCCAGAGAACCUGCCGGAGUCCACGAAGCGUUGGCCCGCUGGGCUGCCGGGCAGCCCCUUCUCCGGCACUUGGCGGUGGAGAACCCCGAGGGAGGGAGCGAGAGGAGCAGGACCUUUGUGAUCACAAGGUGCUGAAGAACAGAGACUUACGCCCCCACCCCGCCCCAGGCCCCUGGAGGCUCCCUGAGGCCAGCGGGGGCCAUGGCCGGGCCUGGCUGGCUGGGGCUGGGCCUGUUCUGCUGGGUCCUGUUCGCCGUGCCCGUGGGCCCCCAGCCGGCUGCUCUCACCACACUGACCCCGCCGCCCCAGAGCGAGGCCUCUGUGCUGUCUCUAAACCUGGGCCUGAACUUCAAAUUCCAUCUGCGGGGGCCAGCGGCUGCCUGGGGAAACCCCGCCACCGAGAACCAGCCGCUUUCUCCGGGGCCCAGCUGGGAGUCCGAGGAAGGGGCAGCCAGUGGACUGCGGACCGACCCCCUCUGGGAGCUGCUGGUGGGUUCCCUGGGGAACUCGCCCCCGGAGUGGGGCUCUGCUGAGGGCAGUUCGACUCCCGGGGUCCCCUCCCAGCCUCAAGAGCCCACAGCCCCCCUUUCUGGACCCACCAACUGGCCGGCCGCGACCUCCCAGCCCCGGAGGAUCACGGGGACCUGGGACACUGCCCUGCCUGCAGCCACAGCGCCUCCUUCCAGUGCUCCCAGGCAUCCCCCGAGUGAGCUGGAGCUGAAGUUUGAUGUGGCCUUGCGAGCAGGCGCGGCCCCCACGCUGGGCCAUCGGACACUGCCCCUGUUGCCCAGCCUGCGGGCGAGCCUGGCCGAGAUCGCUGGGCGCCUGGGACCCUUCGGGUUCUUUGGCACCACGCUGUCCCCACUCCGGAACUUCUCAGGCCCCAGCCCAGCCACCGCUCCAAGCUCUACCUCUGGAGUUUCAGAUUCUCAAGGAUUCUUUGGCACGACUCUGUCCCCGCCCCCUUUCUUGGGGGAGAGAAGGGUUCCAAGUGGAAGCCCCCUGGAUUUGGCCACUUCCUCCCGCCCAGUCUCGGGUCCUGCUGCAGCUCUGGAUGCCACACUCCCCACCGCUGGCCCGGAGGACUCCAGCCCUGCCAGCCUCGGGACCCCUUCGGAGCCUGAGUGUGGACCGGCGUCCUGCAGCGUCCAGGAACUGCCCGAGGGGGACGCGCCACCGGUGGGCCCGCUGCCUCUCUUCUUCCUGAGCCUGGAGGCCGACUGGGCCGAGGCGCGCGCUCGCUGGGGGCUGGCCUGGGAGGCGCACGUCUACGGGGUAGGCGCGCUCUUCGGCCUGGUGGCGCUGCUGGCGCUGCUGGCACUGGCCCUCCUGCCCUGGCGCUGCCCGCCCGGCGCCCCUUGCCUGGCGCUGCUGGAUCUGCUCUUGCUCUCGGCCGGCACCUCGCGGGCCUUCCCGCUCUUCUACGACGCCUACGGGCACCGGGAGCGGCUGCCGGCGCUGGCCUGGCUGCUGCUGCAGGACCUGCCGCUACCCUGCCUGGCCUCCGGCCUGGGCCUGGCCUGCCUGCUGCUGGCCCGCCCGCGCCCGCCGCGCUGUCCGGCCGGCCUAGCCGCGCUGCUGCUCCUGGGGCUGGCGCUGGCGGCCGCGGCUGCCCUGGGCAGCGCCGCCCACCGCCCGCUGCGGCCCCUUCGGCUGGCCUCCCGGGGACUGCACGCCUUCCUCGCCGCGCUUCUGUCGGGGCUCCUGCUGGCGCUGUCCUGCGUGAGGGGCCGGCGGCGGCGGGCCAGGGCACCCCUGGGGGGAUCGGGCUUCAAGGGCGCCACCCCUCUCCCCCAGGCGCGCAGCCCGUUCGCCCCGCGGGAGUCGUGGCGGCGCGCGGCGCGCACGGCCCCGGUGGCCGGCACCUUCGGGUUGCUGAGCGGCGCCCUGCAGGGCUACGAGGUGCUGCACGCCCUGGGCUACGGGGGUCAGCCUGGCCUGGAGGGGCCUUGGCCCUGGUGGGCCUUUCAGCUGGGGCUGCGCCUGGGCGAGGUGGGCGUCGCGCUCCCGUUGGCGCUGCUGGGCCUCUAUCCCGCGCUCUGCAGCCCCCGCGUGCCGCCGCGCUGCUGGGCCAAGCUCUUCCGCUGGUCCCCGGGCCACGCGGCCCCGCUGCUGCCCUCGGGAGGAUGGGUGCCGGGACCCCCGGAUAAGGAGCCACUCGGAGGUGCCAUCGCGCGCGGCGACGCCGAGCUGCUGCAGCUGUGCGCGCUGGCGGGGCCGGGCCCCGACCUCCUGCUCCAGGGCGGCGCCGGCCGGGCCUUCGAAGGCGCGGCGGCCAACAACCCGGGCCCUUCCCCGACCUCGUCCCCCUGCAGCGACUACACCGUGGACUUCCGGCCGCCCUCCCCCAUCAACCUGCGGCGCAGCAUCGAGGAGGCGCUGUGCAGCGAGGCCCUGCUGGCGCCCGGCUUCUUCCAGGGACCGGCCUUCGGGGAUGCGCUCCCCGGGCUGGGUCUCUAUCGCACCGCCUCGCUGGGGGCGAAGACGGGCAACGGGCCCAGCGGGGACUCUCAGGAGGCCCCCGGCUCCCCCGCGCCCCCCGAGCUGCCCUCCCCCGGCACGUGGCCCGCGGACAGCAGCGCCUCCUCGGGCUCGCUGUGCGGACUCUCUCGGGACAGCUCGUCCAUGCUGCUAUGCUCCAGCCCCGACCGCCCCCUUCGCUGCCCGCUGGUCCGCGUGCUCAGCCCCCCGCGGCCCUCGGGGAACGGCCCCAACCUGCCGGCCGCAGGCUCCUACCGGGCCCUGUCCCCGCCCUCCCGCGACUCCCCGGAGCCCGCGCCCCCGCUGCCCGCCGAAGAGGCCUUGCUGCACGAGCAAUUCUUGGACGCCUGCCGCCAGAUAGACGAGCUGAGCAUGGGCAGCGACACCAUAGACCUGUGAAGAGGAGACCCCCCCACCCCCCACCCCCUGCUGCGGCGGCCUGAUGACGCCCCCUUCUGGAGACCUGAACACUGUAAUCGUCCCCUGUCCUCUCUGGCUCAGAUACCUCUCCAGGCUCCCGCCCCUGGGCGCCUCUAGGUCAGUAGCCGGCCUCUGUGGAUUGGGAACUCCAAUUGCCACCUCCAAUGGCCCUGGGCAAUAGUGCCCUCAGCUGCACUUCUUAGCUGGCGGUGGGAUGGGGGUGGGGGGUGGAAACCCACUGUCCCUUGGCAUUCACCAGCAAUAAAGCUCCAAGGUGCUUCACUCCAGACCACUCUCUACGCUGCUGUGAGGGAGCAAUUCUGUCCUCUCCCCCCCAGAUCCCAGCCUCGGUCUUUACACUGACCUCGGCCAUGCCCAGGAAUCCACCCUGCCCAGGGAGCACACCCCUGCCUGCCCCCAGCCCUCCCCUCAGAAGAGUCCGUGUCCCCUAAAGGAGACUUCCCCGCAGCUGGGUAGGUGAUGGGCACUUUCAGAGUUAAUUUAUCAAUAAAA